AUGACACUGCGUGAGUUGCGCAGUCGUCAGUUUUGGCGAGCCAUGCUUGCAGAGCUGCUGGGCGCCCUGGUGUUUGUGAGUGCCGUGUUGGGCUCCUCGGUGCCCGGCUCUGGAGAGGCCCCACCAGGCCCCCUCUACCCAGCCCUGGCUGGUGGCAUGGUGGCUGUUGCCCUGGGUCACUGCUUUGGAGAGAUCAGUGGGGCGCAGGUAAAUCCUGCGGUGACCUUGUCCCUGCUGGCUACACGGAAGCUAGACCUGCUCAGGGCACUGGUCUACAUCGGGGCCCAAUGUGUGGGGGCCUCGUUAGCGGCUGGAGCCCUCUACCUCGCCCUGCCUCUAAAAUCCACAGCAGAAUGCUUUGUCAGCAAGGUACCUAUGGAGUUGAACGCUGCCCAGGCUCUGGGGAUGGAAGUCCUGUCAACGUUCCAGCUGGUCUUCACAGUGUUCUCUGUGGAGGAUCAGAGGAGGCGGGAGAACAUGGAGCCAGGGAACCUGGCCAUUGGAUUCUCUGUCAGUGCUGGGGUCCUCAUGGCGGGUCGGUUCUCCGGUGGCAGUAUGAACCCAGCCCGCUCCCUGGGCCCAGCCAUCAUCACAGGCUUCUGGGAGAACCACUGGGUGUACUGGAUCGGGCCAGUGCUUGGGGCAGUUCUGGCUGCGUGGUCCCAUGAGUUCUUCUUUGCGCCCGGUGCGUCCCGCCAGAAGCUGGUGGCAUGUUUGACCUGUAAGGACAUCGAGAUGGUGGAGACGGCCAGCGUGUCUCGCUCCUCCCUGUCCACCGUCACACAGACCGCCAUGAGAGCCAAGCCGAACAACAAGCAGGAGCACAACUGAGCA